AUGUUCGGAUGUGUAAUUCGCCGCUUUCUCUAUUUAAACUUCACGAUUAGCCAUCAGUUGAUCCUUCCGAAUCUGCCUGCUGCUGAAGAUUUCAGUUUUUUGGAUAUUUCCCUUACAAUGAACACAACAACCUAUCCAUGCGAAGCAGCACCAUUCUCGAGCGAUUGGUUCAAUGCCAAACAUAUGAGUCAGCAGCAGCAGCAGCAGGAACAACUCUCUGUUGGUAAGCUUCUGCUCGCCACUUAG